CCCUGGUAGACAGUUUUUUGCUUUUAAAUUCAGAACAUUUGAGGUGUGGGUUGUAUUAAUGGGUCUUACUUGUUUUAUUGUUUGGACAACAUCACCUGUAGUUCAGGUUGACCUCAAACUCGUGUAGUCAAGGCCGAUCUUGAAGUUGUCAUUCCCCUUCUCUCCGCCAGGGUGUGCUGAAUAGCAGGUGUCGGGCCCGUACUAGCACGCGGGAUGAACCUCUAACCUUGACUUUGCCCCACGUGACCCCAAGCCUCGGUUAGCCCACGUCCAGCACCUCAAGCACGAACCAGAGAGAUCAAAUCAGGGCCCAGAGGCGGGACCAACACUAGACGGUCUGGGGCACAGCUAAUAGAUGAGCUCAUGUCCAAUAGCGUGCGGUAGGAGGCGGGCUCGGAGCUGGCCUCAGCCAAUGGCUUGCGGGAACAUGGGCCGUCCCUUAAGCGGUCGCCUGAAGAUGGCGGUCAGCAGGCGUCUGGCGAUGCGGAUGCUUUCUGGGUGCGGCUGGGUUCGCGGCUCGGACCCCGCCGUGCUGAGCCGCCUGCGCGAUGAGGCCGUGGUGCGGCCCGGAUUUCUGAGCCAGGCGGAGGAGGACACGCUGACACGCGAACUGGAGCCCCAGCUGCGGCGCCGGCGCUAUGAGUACGACCACUGGGACGCGGCCAUCCAUGGCUUCAGGGAGACCGAGAAAUCCCGCUGGUCUGAUGCAAGCCAGGCCAUCCUGCACCGGGUCCAGGAGGCUGCCUUUGGCCCUGACCAGACCCUGCUAUCCUUGGUUCACGUGUUGGACCUGGAACCUCGGGGCUACAUCAAGCCCCAUGUUGACAGUGUCAAGUUCUGUGGAUCCACCAUUGCUGGCCUUUCCUUGCUGUCCCCAAGUGUUAUGAAGUUGGUGCACACCCAGGAACCUGAGCAGUGGCUUGAACUGCUGCUGGAACCAGGCUCCCUCUAUAUUCUAAGGGGUUCAGCCCGAUACGACUUCUCCCAUGAGAUCCUUCGAGAUGAAGAAUCAUUUUUUGGGGAGCGACGUGUCCCUCGGGGCCGACGCAUCUCAGUGAUUUGCCGCUCCCUCCCUGAGGGGAUGGAGCCAGGAAAGCCACCCCCAGCCAGCUGACCUCUGCCUAUCCUCUGGACUUGUGAAUAAAGUUGGAAAAAAGAA